CCCACACUGUUUUAAGAUGAAAUUGUCAUUAUUGUUGGUUGUGCUCUGUGUCGUUUGUACUUCUGCUGAAGAGACCAAAGAAUCUGCGGCUGUGGGAACUGUCAUUGGUAUCGACUUGGGAACAACAUAUUCUUGUGUCGGAGUUUUCAAGAAUGGUCGUGUAGAAAUUAUUGCUAAUGAUCAAGGUAAUCGUAUCACACCAUCAUACGUUGCAUUCACUGCGGAUGGCGAAAGGCUCAUUGGUGAUGCUGCGAAAGAUCAGCAGACGUCCAAUCCUGAAAAUACAGUUUUUGGUGCGAAACGUCUUAUUGGUCGUUCUUGGGAAUCUGUUCAGAGCGAUAUCAAAUUCUUCCCUUUCAAAGUAGUUGAGAAAAACAAGAAGCCAUAUGUCAAAGUCAACACAAUUGGAGUUGAAAAGACAUUUGCAGCUGAGGAAAUCAGUGCCAUGGUUUUGGGCAAAAUGAAAGAAAUCGCAGAGGCAUACUUGGGAAACGAGGUCACUCAUGCUGUUCUUACAGUACCAGUUUAUUUUAAUGAUUCUCAAAGACAAGCAACAAAAGAUGCAGGAGUUAUUUCUGGUCUGACAGUCAUGAGAAUCAUUAACGAGCCAAUUGCCGCUGCCAUUGCAUACGGUCUUGAUAAAAGAGAGGGAGAGAAGAAUAUCCUGGUCUUUGAUUUGGGUGGUGGAACUUUGGAUGUAUCUUUGCUGACAAUCGACAAUGGUGUUUUUGAAGUAGUUGCCACUAAUGGAGACACUCACUUGGGUAGUGAAUAUUUUGUUCAACGUGUUAUGGACUACUUCUUGCAAUUAUACAAGAAAAAGAAGGGAAAAGAUGCAAGAAAAAAUAACAGAGCUGUACAUAAACUCAGAAGAGAAGUGGAAAGAGCAACACGUAGUCUUUUAACCCAACAGAUCGCCAGAGUUGAAAUUGAAAGUUUCCACGAUGGCGAAGACUUCUCGGAGACAUUGACCAGAACUAUAUUUGAAGAAUUGAAUAUGGAUCUUUUCCGUUCCACUAUGAAAGCAGUUCAAAAAGUCUUGGAAGAUUCAGACUUGCAAAAGAAGGAAGUCCAUGAAGUUGUAUUGGUGGGGGGAUCUACUCGUAUUCCUAAAAUCCAACAACUUGUUAAAGAAUUUUUCAACGGAAAAGAACCAAACCGCGGUAUCAAUCCUGAUGAGGUUGUCGCUUUCGGUGCUGCUGUACAAGCUGAAGUAUUGGGAAGAGAAGAGGAAAACACUGGUGAUCUUGUCCUGCUUGAUGUCUGCCCUCUCACUCUCGGUAUUGAAACAGUUGGAGGCGUCAUGACCAAGCUCAUCCCUCGUAACACUGUCGUCCCUACCAAAAAAUCUCAGAUUUUCUCAACUGCUUCGGACAACCAACCCACUGUGACAAUCAACGUUCUGGAAGGUGAACGGCCAAUGGUUAAAGACAACCAUCAUCUUGGAAAAUUUGACUUGACUGGAAUCCCGCCCGCGCCGAGAGGGGUGCCUCAAAUUGAGGUAACCUUUGAGAUUGAUGUGAACGGUUUCUUGAGAAUAUCUGCUGAAGACAAGGAAACUGGUAACAAGAAAAUGAUUACCAUUAAAAACGAUGAUAAUAGAUUUUCAAAAGAAUAUAUUGAACGUAUGAUUAAAGAUGCAGAGACUCAUGCAAGCGAUGAUCAAAAGGCUAAAGAACAGGUAGAAGCAAAGAACGAGAUUGAAAGUUAUGCUUAGUCUUUGAAAAAUCAAGUUGGUUCAUCACAGGAAACUGGCAUGACUCGCGACUGAAUGAAUGCAACUUUUUAAUCUUCUACCAACAAUGUAAAAUAGCAUGCCCAAAGCGUAUUGGUGUGCCUGUUAUGAAGGUGAAAUUGGUAAAAAUUACAAAGCAUAUUUGUGAGAAUAGAAAUAUUUAAUAGCUGUUUGAAAAUGUAAGUAUAACAAUAAAUCUGAGCAAAAAUUUGAAUAUACACGAAGAAAGUUACACAUUAUUAACGACUAAAUUAAAAUGCUAAGCAUUAAGCCACUGGUACUUCGAACUAACAAAAUUUUAAUAAAAAUUAAUAUAUACAUAUAUUAUUUUUUAUGUAUGAUAGGACAAAUUGAAUGUUCGAUGAAUGACAAAAUCAGAAAACAAACAAUCUCUGACAUUCGGAAUAAAUUUACUUCGGUCUCUUUGUCUAGAUUGAAGCACUAUAGGGAUAAUCUUGUUAUUUUAGUAAGAUUUACGUUUGUUUUUUAAAUUAAUAAGUUUUCGGUGGUGUAGCGCAUCGCGAUUAGAAUUCGCCCGCUAUUGCACCUCUGAUUAUUAUGAGUGCGUUCGCAAGUUUGAAUCACAAUGCUGAAAUCCUUGCCGCCGUAGGGUGCUAACCACUGAUCGGUUACGGGUUCCUCCGCUUCCACUUGCAUGCAUCUGAAACAAAUAAAUGAACUGAUAGUCGGACCAGAGGCCGUGGUUUUCCAUAUGCUUCGAUUAAGCCGUCUUAUCGACUUUUCUUCUUCCCCGAGGAUGAAUAUGUGAAUUCUAUACAUCCACGGGGUUUCUCGUAUAGUCUACAAGGAAUAUUAAACUUGAAACCAAAGUACAAUUUGUAGUUGUUUUUUAUGUUCAAUUAGUGCACUGUUUUCAAUAUUCAAAAUAUUGUAAUAUUUAACGUUUGUCGUAUUUUGCAAAAAGACGAUUUUUUCUCUAGGUCUUUGUUGGAAACACAACAUGUUCCCCAAACCUCUGACUUUCUUCGAUUAAACCAACUUUUGUCUCAUUAUUCAACACUAAAUCGACUAGUUUCUUCCCUUUUUCAUUAUUGAACCGUGUUCCGAAUUUCCGGUUUUAGCAGCAAGCAUAAUCAGAACAGUAAACAAGAGAGCAACGCUCAAAUAUAUGGACACGUGGAACAGAGCAAAGCAGUCCUUACCUUUGACGUUACCGAUACCGUACCCUCAAAAAACUUUCGAGUUUCCAGUCGCAAACAUUUUCACAGUCAGCCGUCACGCUUGGUGAAUUUAAGAC